AUGGAGACGGGACGAACGGCAGAACAUCGCAGACAGAACUACAAGGGCAAGAGUAGUCUACGCGCUGAUGAUCUCCGUCGACGCAGAGAAGAGCAGCAAGUGGAGAUUAGGCGUCAAAAACGCGAGGAAAACAUCUCAAAGCGACGCAACUUGGAUCUGGCGGAAGGCCAAGAUUCCGACGAUGAGGGCGCCAACGGGUUGUCACAGGAAGUUGUGCAAGCAGUCUUUUCAGAUGAUGCUUCCGCCCAAUUGGAGGCUACUACCAAGCUGAGAAAGCUUCUCUCAAAGGAAGAUAACCCCCCAAUCGACCGUAUCAUCUCUUGUGGUGUCGUCCCUCGCUUUGUCGAGUUUUUAUCGGGACCGCAUCCAGCUCUUCAGUUUGAAGCGGCCUGGGCGCUGACGAACAUUGCCUCGGGCACGGCUGAACAUACCAUGGUGGUCAUCAACGCGGGAGCGGUACCUCACUUUAUCAACUUGUUGUCGUCUCCAAUCAUAGAUGUCCGCGAGCAAGCAGUAUGGGCCUUGGGCAAUAUUGCAGGAGACAGCCCACAAUGCCGCGACUAUGUCGUUCAGGCCGGCGCUCUCAGACCGUUGCUGUCGCUCCUUUCUGAGCAUCACAAACUCAGUAUGUUGAGGAACGCGACAUGGACCCUCAGCAACUUUUGUCGUGGAAAGCAGCCCCAGCCCGACUGGGAGUUGAUUUCGCCAGCUCUGACCGCGCUCAGCAAACUGAUACAUUCCCCGGAUGAAGAGGUGCUUAUCGAUGCGUGCUGGGCCAUUUCAUAUCUCUCAGACGGGUCAAACGACAAGAUUCAAGCCGUCAUCGAUGCCGGCGUCGUCCGUCGAUUGGUUGAGCUGUUGAACCACAAGUCUAGCUCGGUUCAAACUCCUGCUCUUCGAUCUGUUGGUAAUCUCGUAACUGGAGAUGAUCUGCAGACACAGGUUGUCAUCAGUGCUGGUGCCUUACCGGCUCUCUUGACACUCUUGUCCUCUCCAAAGGACGCCAUCCGCAAGGAAGCGUGCUGGACAAUCUCGAAUAUUACAGCGGGUUCACCGGUCCAGAUUCAGGCUGUCAUCGAGGCCAACCUUAUCCCUCCUCUUAUCAACAUACUCGCCAACUCUCCCGAUUUCAAGACACGAAAAGAGGCGUGCUGGGCUAUAUCAAACGCGACAUCGGGUGGUCUUCAGGAGCCGCACCAAAUCCGAUAUCUUGUCCAACAAGGUUGCAUCAAACCAUUAUGCGAUCUAUUGACAAUGAUGGAUAACAAGACGAUCCAAGUCGCGCUAGAUGCGAUUGACAACAUCUUGAAGAUUGGUGAACAGGACCGCUUGGCUCGUGGACCAGGAGCGUACAAUGAAUAUGCCGUUUUCGUCGAGGACGCCGGAGGCAUGGUCACCAUUCACAAUCUCCAAACCCACGACAACAUGGAAAUCUACGGCAAAGCGUUUUAUAUUCUGGAAAAUUACUUCCCCGAUGACGAGGAAGCGGAAAUGGUGCCGAAUGGAGGUGGCCCAGAUGGUGGAUAUUCGUUUGUGUCGGGGGUUCAAGCGCCGCAGGAAGGCUUCAGCUUUGGACAGCAGUAA